UGAAAAGAAGCGCGAGGUAUUUCUCUUUGGGAGGUGAUGGGUUUUUGUCGGUUACGUUUGACCUAUUUUUGUGUUAUUUAUUUAAUGUAUAUAGUACUUUUAAAAGUACAUUUUAAAAUUGUUUUAAGACUUUAAGGUGUGUGGGAUAAAACAUUCAUGCAAUCCUCUUAUAAAAUUAAGUUAAACUACUUUGCAAUUGAAUCUCGUUAUUACCCUGUACAUCCAAUAAAACGCUGGACGUAUUUUGCAGUGAAGCGUUUUAACCUGCGGUUUACCUUUGAUGCUUUGCUGACUGAAGCGAUAAACGGGGGGAGAGGAUCAUUAUCGUUUUGAAGUUUACUCAGAAAGCGGUUCCUUCACAACUUCUCAAAAAAGACAGUCAGUCUUUACUGGUAUGGAAUAAAAGGCCGACGAUCUCGCGUAUCAGCUUGAAGAAACGAACAAACUAACCAGAUUUUGUCAUCGUUUGAACAGAAUAGCUGGUCUGCGAUGCCUAUUGUUCUGCCCCGGAGCGACCAUGCAGCCUUAGUUGCCUGCUCCUUUUCUUAAAACGCAGCCGGGACCCCGUCCCUGCGGAGGUUCCACUGUUUUGUGUUGACUGCUAAUUCUGUGAAAAUGGAUGUUACCGUUUCGGAGCUGAUGACAAACUUCUUGGAUUCCCCUCUGGUGGUCUGGGUCAAAACAUUUGGAGCUCUUACCAGCAACUCUGAAGAUAACCUAUCCUUGUUCAUGGAACUGGUGGAUGGGGUUUUCCUGCAUAAGAUCAUGACACACAUUGAUCCGAGCCCCACAAACCAGAGGGUGAACAAACAUGUAAACAACGAUGUCAACCUGCGAGUGCAGAACCUCAAUGUUGUCGUCAGGCACAUCAAGACCUACUACCAGGAGUGUCUUCAGCAGCUGAUUGUCAUGAACCUGCCCAACGUGCUGGCCAUCGGCAAGGACCCCCUGUCAGAGAAGGCCAUGGAGGAGAUGAAGAGGCUUCUGCUGCUUAUUCUGGGCUGUGCUGUUCAGUGUGAACGGAAGGAAGAGUUCAUUGAGAAGAUCAAGCUUUUGGACAUUGAGACGCAGGCAGCCAUAGUCUCACACAUUCAAGAGGUGACGCACAACCAGGAGAACGUUUUGGACCUCCAGUGGCUCGAGCUGGCCGAGCUGCCGCCCGAGGAACUGGACUCUCUGUCGCGGGUCAUGGCCUUUCACCUGCGCAAGCUCAUCGACGAGCGGGACAACUCUGCAGAGGUGAUUGUGGAGCUGAGCCAGGAGCGGGACUAUCUGCUGCUACAGCAGCCCUCCAGCCCCCCUCCAGUGACACGUUCGCCAGCAUGUCCCCCCCUGGAGGGCCCUAUCACGCUUCUCUGCCGGGAGGACCGGCAGCACCUGGCCGUGGAGCUAGCAGACUGCAAGGCCAAGCUACGGCGCUGGCGCCAGGAGCUGGAGCUGGUGGAGGAGAACAUGCUGCUGGAGAUCUCACAGAAGCGGAGCAUGAACGAGUCUGCCCACCUGGGCUGGGAGCUGGAGCAGCCAAGUUUGGGUUCAGAGGCUAAGCACAGACUGGUACUGAUAUUCAACGCCGCCUUUCCACCGGCAGCAUGCAAGUCUUUCGUGCUGGAGCUGAACGAGUCGGCAUCCAGCCAACUACUGAAGCUGGAGAAGGAGAACCAGGGCCUGCAGGGUACCAUCCAGGAGUUGCGGGAAGCUGCCCUGAGCAUGCAGGAGAGCCAGCUGAGGGCCUUGGAGCUGGAGAAGGAGAACCAGGGCCUCAGUAAAAAGCUGGAGAGGCUGCAGACGCUCCUGGAGCAGGAGAAACAGACCAGCCAGGACAUGGGGAGUCUAGGGGAGGAGCUCUUGAAGGGGAAGAGGAAGCUGGAGCGUCUGCUGGAGGCCGUACAGACGGAGAAGUGCCGCCAGAUCUCCGACUUGACGAUGGAGAAGGAGCGCCUGGCCCAGACGGUGGCCUCCUUGAGGCAGCGGGCACAGGUGGAGGGUGAGGCGCGUGUGCGGGAGGUGGAGGAGGAGAACCGUGCCCUGCACCAGAGCGUCUCCACCGUCAGCGCCAAACUGACCCAGCUAGAGGUAGAGCAGGAUUGGCUGCGGGAGCGAUCGCAGCGAGCCGAGCAACUGGAGGAGGAGGUGGCCCGGCUGGAGCGCAGCUGUGACCAGCUGCAAAAGCAGAGCGCCGCCCUGCAGGCCACCCGCGAACAUGCAGAAGCACUGGAACGGAAUAACUCUGCCCUAGAACAGGACAACAGGCGGUUGAAGAAGCUGGAAGACACAGCCCAGAACACUGUUCUGCAGCUGGAGAUCCUGGAGGAGGAGAACGAGGAGCUGCGGCAGCAGGUGGAGGCCCUAAGGCCAGCGGCCGCUAAGCUCCCACAGCUGCAGCGGGAGAACACCGUGCUGGAGCAUGAACGUGCGGAGCUUGUCCACUCCGUGGAGGAGCUCCGGGGCUUGGGGAAAAAGGCAGAGCGCCUAGAGUUGAGCUACCAGGACCUGGACUCCGAGAAUCAGCGUCUGCAGCAGUCGCUGGAGCAGAGCGGGGAGAGGGUCAGGGGGCUGGAGCAGGAGCUGCACGACUCCGAGCAGGAGAGCCAGCAGCUGAGGAGGCAGCUGGAGGAGCGGCAGGCAGCAGGGAGGCGUCUGGAGAGCCUGGAGCAGGAGGGGCAGGUGCUCGAGCAGGAGCUGGGCCAGGCCGUCAAGGAGAGGAGGCAGCUGGAGAAGGAGGUGCGGUGGCUGCGGCAGAAGCUGGAGGUGAAGGAAACUGCACUGGAUGAGGGCAUGGUAAGGCUGUCCUGCCUGGAGAAAGAGGGGUGCCUCCGAGAGAAGGAGCUGAACUACCUGAGGGAAACAUCAGCCAAGGUUAAGGAGCUGGAGAGCGAGAACAAGGAGCUGCAGAAGCAGGCCACCAUCGACAAGAGGACGCUCGCCACCCUCAGAGAGGACCUGGUGAAUGAGAAGUUGAAGGGGCAGCAACAAUGGAAUGAGCUGGAGAAACUUAGCCAGGAGCUGGAGAAGAUCGGGCUGAACCGUGAGAGGCUGCUGCAGGAGGAGCACAGCUGUGAGGACAUUAAAUAUAAGAUCCUGGAAACCAAGAUUGAUUCGACACUGAAGAUGACGAUGGAGAUCCGUCAGGAGAAGAUCCAGGGCCUGGAGUCAAGGCUGCAGGAAUCUACCAACUUAAACCUGCAGCUGCGCACGGAGCUGGCCACUGUGAAGAAGAGCCUGGAGGCCCUGAAGCAGAGGCAGGAGGAAGAGGAGGCCCACCUGCAUCCCAGCCUGCCCAAGGCUAGCCAGGAGAAGUGGGAGACUGAGGAGAGGGAGGCGACAGCACAGCUGCUCAAGCUGAAAGACCGGCUCAUCGAUGUCGAGAAAAAUAAUGCUGCUCUGGAGACUGAAAAGCAGUUGCAGAGGGAGCAGCUGAAGCAGCUGGAUGUGCAGAACACGCAGCUGAGUGCGCAGAUCCUGGCUCUGCAGCGGCAAACAGCCGCCCUGCAGGAACAUAACACUGCACUUCACAUGCAAAUGGCCAAGCUGCAGGUGGAGAGCUCUGCGCUGGGCUCCCAGAGUGCCUCCCUGCUGGCCCAGAACACGGCACUGCAGGGUCAGAUACAGGCUUCGGAGAGCCAGGCGGAGAAACUGAGGCAACAAGGCGAGGAGGAGCGGGCAGGCCGUGAGGCGGCUUUGCACGAGCACGAGCGCCUGCUGGAGCUGCAUAAUCGGCAGGCAGCCGAGUAUGAGCAGCUCAUCGGGCAGCACACGUGCCUGAAGGUCGCUCACCGUGCCCUCGAGCAGGAGCACCGCCUGCUGCAGAGCAAGUGCGUUCACAUACCCGCCAUGCAGCGAAGGAACAGGCAAACUCUGCUUCUCCAUCUGCCUGUAGCCUCUCUCUCUCGCGUGCUCCUCAGUACUGCUCCAUGCCAUCACCCAUGCUUUCACAGAGCUGACCACAUCCUUCCAUUGUUCUUAACUUCAGACAACGGCACAGUCUCAAAAGCGAAGGAUCCAUACAGGACACCAGGGGGCAGCAGCGAGAGCGUGAACAGCCCAGAGGGUGUGCUUGGCCGACAGAAGGGCGUGAAACUCGGGUACUCUGCACACUCUACCUCAGCCAUCCAUGCCAUGUCUGACACCCGGCCAGGCUGUAGCCCCCAGGGAUUCAGCUCCGAAGCUUCCCCGGCCGCACAUCUCGCCAGCUUCGGACAUCAGACCAAAGAUUCGUUCGCCUGUGAUGAUGCCACUGAUCCACACUGGGAGCUGAAGGCAGAAGAGGGCGUCACAUUCCCCGAUGACCCAUGGCGACAGGAGGGCCUGGCUCUCCCCGGCCAUCCUCGCCCCUCUUCUCCUGGCAGUGAGAUGGUCACCCUGGCAGAGUUUCUGCAGGAGAGCAGUGUUCUCUCAGCCCCUAUUGUGAAAGCCAGUAGCUGGGAGGACAUGCCAACCCCUGAUGCCUGCCACUCCCCAUCUUUGCAGGACGGAAUCAAGGCACCUACCAGUUGUUCGACGCCCACUGUGAAGCCCUUGCCCCUAGGGGGCACCAGAGAGCCCAGAGCCCAAAAGCCAGGGCAGAGCGUAAAACCGAACGUACGAGUGCCAGAGAUACCUAAUUCUUCACAGCAGUCUCAAACAUUGCCCAGCUGGGUGGGUGGCAGCUUGGGGAUGAGGGCCUGUCCCUCACAGCCAGUAGACACUCGUGGGGGCCUGAGUCGGACCUUCAGCCUGGCAUCGGCUGACCUUCUGCAUUCCAGUGGCCCUGAGAGCUACAGGCCGGAAGGGAGUGACUGGGGCUCAGGGGAUGCGGUGUUGAGGGCGCGGGUGUUGGCCCGAGAGAAGCCUCAGUCCGUCAGACUGGGGGGGCCUUCCACGCCACCUGUGGAUGUGGGCUGUCGGCCCCUGGACCCACGCAGACUGUCCCUCGCUCCACCCAAGGAGAGCUUUUCCCUGGAAUCCCCACUGCCUCUGCCGCAGCACCACUCCUCUUCCUUCUCCUUAUGCGGGAGCCCUGGCUACACCUCCAGGCAUGACGUGACAGAGCAGCCCCCCACAGGUAACCGAGGCAGUCCCCAGCUGCCUCAGCAUCGUGCCACUGAGGUCGCCAUGGUGACACCAGUGCAAGCAGUGCCGGUUCUUAAGGAGGAGGAGGAGAGGGAGGUGUGGCAGGACGUCCGACGGGAGAGCUCCCCCCAGAUAAAGGGGCAAGAGGCACUUGGGGUUCUCAGCAUCACGGACAAAUAUCCCAAGAGCACUCCUGCCCCCCCAACCCCCAGCGAGGACCCUCAGACCAUCUGGUAUGAGUAUGGCUGUGUGUAGAGGAUAGAAGAGCUUCUGAAAGCCCUAUGACUGUGUGCUGGCAGCGUCCUGCAGACACACACUUCCACACAUCCCAGGACAGGAUUCUUAAGGCAGAAGGGUUCUGAAUGGCUUGGACAAGCACUUGGAACCGUCUAAGAAGAGGCAAUCUCCACUCAACUUUCUUCUACAAAGGGUGGAAGAAAACUGGCCCUAGUUUAGUCUGAACUGAUUAUGUGAAGGAUGCAGCUUAGUCCUACACUAGAUAAUAUCUACACUUGGAUGGAAGCUUUUACGUCCACGGUUGACUUUUAGCGCUGAGUACGUUAUUGUUUUCCUGGUGAGGACUACAUGUGGAAUGGGAACUGGCCCGCCUCCAGCAGUUCCAUUCAGGACCAAAGGGUGACGAUGUGUGGAUGACGGACGAUAAGAACCCACCUUUUAACUGGAUGUUUUUAUAAACUUAACUUUUUGUUUGCUAUUGGUGGACUUUGUAUGCAAAAAAACUUGAACUGUGUCUGUGUCCAAAGAAGAAGAAUAAUGAAAGUGCACAUUUGAGAGGCUAAUCCCAUAGUGCUCUUGCAAACACUGAACAUUUUUAUUGUUGCACAUAAUUUUGUUGUAAAAACCCAGGUCAGGCUUAGAUAGGCCCGCGGGGGGGAGGUAACGGGUGCAUUAUUGUGUCUGUCUACUGUAUCAAUCGUGUCAAAACAAAAUGGCUGCAUUAAAGUCUAAAUAUGAAGUAGGAUGGAGUUUGAACACUGGAUGGCUUUCUUACUCUAUUAAAUAACUUCCUUUUUA